AUGCCGGUUUGUGGAUUUCUAAUCGCUUACCUCGGAUGGGAAUCAGUGUUCUACGUGACCGGGACGAUAGGCCUCGCCUGGAGCGUGGCUUGGUUUCUUUUAAUAUUCGACUCCCCUGGUCAACAUCCGAGGAUCACGAUCGAAGAGCGCCGAUACAUCGAGGACUCGAUCGGUUCUACCUCUACGACCAAGCUCGAGCACUUUACCCGAUUCUUUUCGAUCGACUUGAUCGUGUCUCUUGCUCCUUCGCAGAACGGAAUGCUGUCGUCUUUGCCGUACCUUGGUAAAUACAUAUUCGCCGUCGCGACAUCUUCCGUGGCCGACUACCUGUUCAAAACGAACAGACUGUCAAUAACGACUAUCCCUGUGUUGAGUCCGGGGCUGUUGAUGAUCGUACAAGCGAAUUACGGAUGCGACCGUGUUACGUCCGUGUCGAUCUUCACGAUCGCUUUGACGAUCAACGGCGCGGUGACGGCUGGAUACCUCGGGAAUGGCUUGGACAUCGCGCCAAACUUUUCAGGCACCAUUUUCGGCAUGAUGAACACGCUCGGUUCCCUAGGCGGAUUCCUCAGCAGCUACAUGGUCGGCAGCAUAACCUACAAGAAUCAAACCUACGCUCGAUGGAGCAGAGUCUUCUGGACACUGGCAUCCACUUAUUGCUUCGGCGCAAUCACGUUCGCCAUUUUUGGUAGCGGUCAGUUGCAAACGUGGAACAACCCCGAGCAGAGGCAAGAGGACGAACGGACCAAGAUGGCGGACGUCGCCGAUCACCCGGAAGAGUUCCUCCCGCUGAAAGACAAGACUGUCCCUUGA